AUGCAAAAAGUUUUAUUAAAGGAUUCUGAUACUAUCCAGUUGUGUAGCAAUUUCUCUCUUGAGAUUAAAGCAAAGGAAUUAGAAAAUGAACUGGAGAAAGUUACGCAAAAUUCAUCAUUUAAGAAUGGGUUAAUUUUCUGCCUCAGGUUUAGGGUAAGUGAUCUAGAGCAUCAAGCUGAAAGAGAUAAACUAGAACAGAUCCCUUUAAAAUCACAUCCAUCAUCUAAUAAUUCAAAAACAGGUGGCAAUAAAGAAGAAGAGGACAAGACCUCCUCUUUUUCUUCACAUUGCUCAGAAUUUGAACCUGAUGAAAGGAAAGUAAAAAAUGAGGUGAAGUUCCCAAUAGAUCACACUGAACAAAAAUCAAAAGAGAAACUCGAUAGUAACCAUCCCACAAUAUCAUCCAUUACUACGUCAAGGUCUGGCAAAGCUUUGAUUAAUAAUGAGAAAUUUG